AUGGCUGACACAAAUGUGGUUGGAGAGUCAACAGUUCCUAAUGAACAUCUCGAGGAUGUGGAAGUGGGCAAUGAGGAAAAUCAGAGUUCUACUAGCCUAGUGGAAACCACAACAACAACAGAUGGUAUUGUAAAAGAUUCAAGCAUAAUGCAAAUAUCAAAUAAGCUUGUAGAAGCUGCAGAAGUGGUUGAGGAACCUUUCUUCUAA